CGAGGCCCGGCCGGCCGGCGGCUGUCAUGGAGGCAGCGGCGCGGAGGCGGCAGCACCCGGGAGCGGCGGGCGGCCCGGGCGCGCAGGCGGGCGCCUCCCUCUCGCAGGCCAGGCACAGCUCUGUCAAGGCCGAGGAGGCUACAGGCACUGCUCCCUUCCACCUGGACCUCUGGUUCUACUUCACCCUGCAGAACUGGGUCCUGGACUUUGGCCGCCCCAUUGCCAUGCUGGUGUUCCCUCUUGAAUGGUUUCCGCUCAACAAGCCCAGCGUGGGGGACUACUUCCACAUGGCCUACAACAUCAUCACACCCUUUCUUCUGCUUAAGCUCAUCGAGCGGUCCCCCCGCACCCUGCCGCGGUCCAUGAUCUAUGUCAGCAUCAUCACCUUCAUCAUGGGUGCCAGCAUCCACCUGGUGGGCGACUCCGUAAACCACCGCCUGCUCUUCAGCGGCUACCAGCACCACUUGUCUGUCCGCGAGAACCCCAUCAUCAAGAAUCUCAAACCUGAGACCCUGAUCGACUCCUUUGAGCUGCUGUACUACUACGAUGAGUACCUGGGCCACUCCAUGUGGUACAUCCCCUUCUUCCUCAUCCUCUUCAUGUACUUCAGUGGCUGUUUUACUCCCCCCAGAGGUGAGAGUGCAAUGCCAGGGGUGGCCCUGUUCCUGGUGGUGCCCAGUGGCCUAUACUACUGGUACCUGGUCACUGAGGGCCAGAUCUUCAUCCUCUUCAUCUUCACCUUCUUCGCCAUGCUGGCCCUCGUCCUGCACCAGAAGCGCAAGCGCCUCUUCCUGGACAGCAACGGGCGCUUCCUCUUCUACUCUUUUGGCCUCACCCUCCUACUUGUGGCGCUCUGGGUGGCCUGGCUGUGGAAUGACCCUGUCCUCAGGAAGAAGUACCCAGGCGUCAUCUACGUCCCCGAGCCCUGGGCCUUCUACACCCUCCACGUCAGCAGCGGACACUGAAUCCCUGGCACCCACCACUGGUGCUUGGCGAGCAGGGGCUAGGCCACAGAGGGCGUGUGCACAUGGAGUGUGCUUGUGUGUGCAUGUGUGUGUGUGUGUGUGUGUGUGUGUACACAUGGCCACAUGUGCCUGCCCAUGUCUAACUGAAAACAUGGAUGAGGAUAUACAUGGACUGGGUUGUAUGUGUGCGAGCAGAUUGUAUCAUAAUAAGACUCCAUUGUUUGGCCAAGUUUCUUGUUGGCUCAGAUGGUCUCAGGUGGGAUUAGUGUUUGACAGCGUGUCUGGGCCGAGAUCUGGGCCCUGCCUCCCCAUGCACCUGACUGGAGUCAGGUCCCUCUCACUGUCUCUGCUCAGGGCCAUUUUCGGUUCCUGGUGGCUGAGCAGAGGCGGCUUGUGUGGGCCGAAGCAAGGCUGGGAUUCAGUAGAUCCCUUCCCACACUCCUGUUACACCCCGCAGAUCCACUCUGACCCUGCUGGCUAGAUCGCAUAAGUUACUUGAGCUUCUGAGUAUUAUUGAACAAAGCGUGUCCACUUCUGGGCCUUAUCUGUACUCAGUGGCCCCAAAGUGGGUAAGUGUGCUGGUUGCAGAUCCUUUUGGACAGCCCUGGAAUGGACAGAAAGUUCUAUCCUGCCUUGGAUGGAGAGUAUGCACUUCAGGCCUUACAGGGUGUUAAGCCUCCCUGACAUAGGAGCCCGAGGCCAGCCCACUCUCUUCACCGCCAGCCUGAUUUUGGAAUCUGGCCAUGCCAGCUCUCGACCUUCUCCCCACUGCCCCUGUGGGAGAACUGGGGCACGCCCUUCAUGCCAGCCUGACUGAGUUUUUGAGCUGCAGCCAAAAGUUAAAUUCUUAAAUACUCAUUCUAUUUCCCGAGCCCCAGAAAAGGGAGGCCCCAUCCUAACAACACCCCUACUUCUCCCAGGCAUUGGGUGCAGGUCCCCUCACACAGCAUCAGCCCCCAGCUUCAUUCUCCAGCUGACUCUGGCCCACAGCUGCUUGUGGGGCCCAGGGACCUGUGUUGCCUUCCCUGGACCUGCCUCCUCUCCUAUGGUCUCAGGGAGCCCCGGCACUUGGAUUCUCCUUUCAUGUUGAGGUCCCUCUAGGUUCCCCUAAGAGUCCCCUCUAGUCUGCCAGCAGCUUCAGGUGAUGAGAGAUGGGAAUAAAAGUUGUAUAGAGCUACAUCUGGCUGGUGGCUGCUGCUUGUUUUGGGGGUGGACUGGGUAGGCAGGAGGGAAUUCCCUGGAGCUGGGGAGAGAGUGGCAAGUCUCCCCGCAGCAGAAGCCCUGGGUGGACCCAAAGGGCCCACUCAGCUCCUGUCUGGCCAAGUCAGGUGCUGCCACUACCUACUAGCCUUCCAUGCUACUUAAGAUCCCAGGGUGUAGUUGCAGGGCAAGAUGGGGCUCUCCCCUUU